UAUAAAUCUCACAUUAGUUCUAGGGUUUAUUUUUACACCACUUUAUUAGGGUUUUCUUUCUUCAUAAUUUUCUCUAAACAGUUGUACGUCAGCAACAAUGGCAAUUAAACAAACAAAAACCGAAAAAAAAGUUGCAUAUGAUAAAAAAUUGUGCAAAUACCUUGAUUUGUACAACCAAAUUUUGAUCGUGAAUGCGGAUAAUGUUGGUUCGACACAAAUGCAAAAUAUUCGUAAAGGUUUACGAGGUGAAUCUGUUGUUCUUAUGGGAAAAAAUACUAUGAUGAAAAGGUCCGUUAGGAUACAUGCUGAGAAAACCGGAAACGAAGGGUUCCUUAGUCUUAUCCCUCUUCUUGUAGGGAAUGUUGGUCUGAUCUUUACCAAGGGUGAUUUGAAGGAGAUAAAGGAGGAAGUUGCAAAGUACAAGGUGGGAGCUCCUGCACGUGUUGGAUUAGUUGCUCCAGUUGAUGUGAUUGUUCCUCCAGGCAGUACUGGCCUCGAUCCUUCUCAAACUUCCUUCUUCCAGGUACUAAACAUUCCCACAAAGAUCAACAGAGGGACAGUUGAAAUUGUAACACCAGUUGAAUUAAUUAAGAAAGGUGACAAAGUUGGAUCAUCCGAAGCAGCAUUAUUGUCCAAGCUUGGAAUAAGGCCAUUUUCUUAUGGACUUGUAGCUGUAUCAGUCUAUGAUAAUGGAUCAGUAUUUAGCCCAGAAGUUUUGGACUUAACUGAAGAUGAUCUUGUUGAGAAAUUUUAUAGUGGAGUUUCAAUGGUUACUACUUUGUCAUUGGCUAUUUCUUAUCCAACAAUUGCUGCUGCAUCACAUAUGUUUGUCAAUGGGUAUAAGAAUGUGUUGGGUGUUGCUGUUGAGACUGAGUAUACUUAUUCACAGGCUGAACAAGUCAAAGAGUAUCUCAAGGACCCUAGCAAAUUUGCAGUUGGAACCGCGGGGGUUGCUGAGUCUGGGGCAACAUUUCAAGGCGUUGUUGAGAGUAAAGAGGAAGAUGACGAAUCUGAAUCUGAAUCUGACGAGGAAGAAGCCCUAUUUAAUCUUUUCGACGAUUAGUUCGAUUUUUUUAAUUAAUUAACUAAGUUUUGAUAUUACUUGUUAUGAUGACAAUGUUGUUUAAGUUUAAUGACUUGACAAAUAUUUUGAGAUUUUUUAUGAGGUAUAUUCUCAAGUAUUUGGGUUUUGCAUUA